AUGAUACGAAUCAGACCUGUUGAAGGUCUGGCCAAUGAAGUCGUCUCGAAUAUUAGGAAUGAAUUUGAUUGGGGCUCGAUUCAUGAACGAGCUGCCUAUGUACCUCCAGGGAAGGAAGAUCAAGCCUGGACGGGUUUGCGAGCUCAAGUUGUGAGCCAUGGUUUCGGGCCAUCUAAAUAUAGUUGGCUCGACACCUGGCAGCAAUGGAGGUGGAGAUGGAAGUCGCANAAGGAGGCUCUCGAGGCGCACAAGACGAGUCUUGUUUCCUCGUCUAACUGGGGAAAGACAAGUCUUGGAGGCCGAGAAGGUUCAAGCCGUUCGUCGAGCUGA